GGAGGGGGCGGGGCCCGACGCGGCUGUCCUUGUGCGCGGCCGCGGACGCCGCGGUGCAGACGCUCGCUCGCCGGGGUCUGCGCCGGGUUUGAGAGGCUCUGAGGCUGCAGUCGCGGGCAGAGAGCGCUAUGUUGUGCCGGGCGGCGUGCAGCGCGGGCGCGAGGCUGGCCCCGGCCCUGGGGGCCCUGGGCUGCCGGCAGAAGCACAGCCUCCCCGACCUGCCCUAUGACUACGGCGCCCUGGAGCCGCACAUCAACGCCCAGAUCAUGCAGCUGCACCACAGCAAGCACCACGCGGCCUACGUGAACAACCUGAACGCCACCGAGGAGCAGUACCGCGAGGCGCUGGCCAAGGGAGAUGUUACAACUCAGGUAGCCCUUCAGCCUGCCCUGAAGUUCAAUGGAGGAGGUCACAUCAAUCACACCAUUUUCUGGACAAAUUUGAGUCCUAAUGGUGGUGGAGAACCCAAAGGAGAGUUGCUGGAAGCCAUCAAACGUGACUUUGGUUCCUUCGACAAGUUUAAGGAGAAGCUGACGGCUGUCUCUGUUGGUGUCCAGGGCUCAGGUUGGGGUUGGCUCGGUUUCAAUAAGGAGCAGCGACGCUUGCAGAUAGCUGCCUGUUCUAAUCAGGAUCCAUUGCAAGGAACAACAGGUCUUAUUCCACUGCUGGGGAUUGAUGUAUGGGAGCAUGCUUAUUACCUUCAGUAUAAAAAUGUCAGACCUGAUUAUCUAAAAGCUAUUUGGAAUGUAAUCAACUGGGACAAUGUAACUGAAAGAUACAUGGCCUGCAAAAAGUAAAACAUUAUCAUUAUAUUGAGUAUGUUAAACUUUGACUAUUUUUCUAGUAGAGUACUGCAAUAUACUAAUAAGCCACUUGAUUACAGCACUUACUGAUGUUAAUAUAUGACAUAUGAUGGUAUAUUGAUGUUCACAUAUUUGAUAACAAUUAGUGUCGUGAAUAAUUUCCUACUUUAGAAUUUUGUUAUUAGGGAGGAUCAUUAUGUUGGAGGAUCAUUACUGCUCUGUGUGAUUCAGUCUUAAUUUCUUCAGACAGCUGAACCUGCUAGUUCAUAAUUGUCAUCAUAAAACAAUAAAAAAUAUUCUAUCCCUGUAUUUUGGAGCUUAUGGAAAGCCUUGGUAAUUCCAUUCUAUUGCACAUACUAAAAAUGUAAUCUUUUGGCCCAGUUGUCACAGUAAAAUAGGAAACUGAAUAUUUCUCUUUUGUACUGAAAAUUGUUCUUUUUGUGCAUAGUGCUCUGUCUAGUGAGUGGUACUUCUGGUGGCUAUCUCCCCAUGGUCGCUAUGGUCACAUGUAUAAAUAGUUAACCCAUCUUGUCAUUUAAAAAACAUAACUUAGUGAUGAUUGAGAACUGCUUUAUUACGAGGAGAUAAUCAUGCCUCUGGACUUACAGAGGCUGGUGUAAAAUUUUGUUCUCAGACACAGAAGUACGUAUUUAUAAAAGUGCUCUGGGUGGGCACAUCAGGGCCUGGUUGGCACUGCUGGCAGCGGGGACCGCGGGGUGAGGCCUCGACAUCCUGGGCACUCCCCUUCUCUCCAUCCUGUUGAAGGGCCUCCCUCCUGAAGGCUGCGCCUGACCAGAUGCCCCCUUCCCUCAUGGAGGCAGGUGAAUUUCUGCCUGGCAUCAGCGCCGUCUCCCUCAGGAGACCUCGUUUCCAAAGACACGUUUUGUAUUUCUCUUUUCUUCUAAAGAAUCUGUGGCCACUACAGACUCAACAGAGGGAAAACUACCCCUAGUCAGCGGCAGCACUUGCGUCCGCCCUGCGUGGUUCCGCACAGGAGCACACAGUGCACGUGCUGCUUACACGCGGCAGGGACUCUGCUGUGUCUGGCUCGUCACGCUUCUUCACCUUCACCGUCUUCCUACUUAUUCUUAAUGGCUCAGUGACACUUUAUCAAUUGGGCAUUUCCUCAUCUAUUUCACAGUUUUAUUACUUAGUAUUUCACUUGCUUUUAUUUAUCACCAGUUGUGCUCUUGUGAGCAACCCUGUGCAUGUAGGUUUUACCACCUGUUGGGCUAUUUCCUUUAUUAUAUAGGUUUUUUCUUGACCUAUUUAUUAAUAUUUUCCCAAGGUCAUUUAAAAUAUCCACCUCUUCCAACUUAAUUUUUGCUUUUCUUUUCAUGGAAAAAUGGAGUAACUUAGCAGUUUCAAUAUUGAAGACUGAAGUUUAAAAAAAAACAAAACACCUUAAAUUCAAGGUAUUUUUCUUUAGAAUCCAGUUAGUAAAGUAUUUAGGCUUUCUGAACAUCAGCAGUGUUGGCUGUUGACAACCGUGUGUACGUGUGUGUGCGUGCAUGGAUUCAGACACCUCGGAGACUGAUUGCUGUCCUUUAUGUCACAGGGGCAUGACUCUCAGAGUGCAGAUGGGAGUCAUGUGGUUACCACCGGCCUGAAGCAUGAGGCAGUGGACUCUGUUUAGUAGAUCUUCUAGGAAAGUGGGUCUUUUUGAGAGAUGGGCUUUUGAAUACACAUCAUCUGUUCCAUCAGGGUUUGUCUUGAGCUAACCAAGAUUUGCAGAGUCUACUGACGCAAGCUUCCAGAUUUUAAAACAAUUCAGUGUUGAAAUUUCUACGAGGCUCUAUUUUUGCUUUGGCUUUCCUGUUGAGGAGCCUGAGGGAAGCACACCGUCCUCACUGUUGUGUCUCUUCCAUGCUGGGUUGAGGUUAAGAGACCGAGAGGAUUUAUGUUCUCACAACUUUAAUCAUCCUGCAAAAAAUGAAGCUAAAACUGUUUAGCUCUCUUUUCCAUAAUAAGAAAAAGAAGUACAAUUUCCAUUUUGUGGAAAAGAACAAAUAUUGUUCAUGCAAGGAUUUCUGUGACCAGAUCAGCAGUGCCUGCUGCACUCUUAAUUGUGCUGAGGGAAACAGGCAAGCAAUACAUAUAUUUUCUUUGUAUUUGUUGCUCAAACAUGUAUAGCAAUUAAACUUUGAUAUGUUGAGAAAUUGCUGUAUCACAGCCCUCAAUUUCAGGGCCUUAAAAUGAGAUUUGAGUUUCUGUUGAGCACCUUUAAAAAAGUAAUAUCAAAACUGUAAAAUGAAGGUUGAUGUGUGUUGUGAGUCAUGUCUGAAACUGGGUGUAGAUGGGUUGUAUUUCCUGAUUCAGUUUCAGGGCAACUACUCUGGGAGAGCUGUUGGGAACAUGUUUGAUAAAUGACUGCUCCUCCUCUUCAGUCUUGUGCUGCUGCUCUCGUCAAUCUGAGGGCUGUCCUCAGAUACGCUCCAACCCUGGGACCUGCUGAAACCCUGUAAGAUUCAGGAUAGCUUUCAUUUAAUUCAUUAAAGAAACAUUGAUUUUCCUAUUG